UGAUAACUGGAGCAGAGUGGCGACGAGACCAGGCGCGCUAAGAGAUGUUGCCGUAGAGGGAGGAAGUCGAGUAGACAGAGAAAGCCGGAGUGUGGAAACAUAACAAUCGAAGGUGGAAACACGGCAUAAAACAUGGCAUCGGGGGGUACCCUGUACAUAGAGUCGGACGGCUCGGAAUUGCCCGCUGAAAUAGUGGAACUGCACGAAAUCGAAGUAGAGACCAUCGAAACAACUGUUGUCGGCGAAGACGGGGAGCAGCAGCCUAUGAUCGCCUUGCAGCCACUUGACACGGACGACCCGCACUCCAUUCACUCACACCAGGAGGUGAUCCUGGUGCAAACCCGAGAGGAGGUGGUGGGCGAGGACGACUCGGAGCUGCACACGGAUGACGGCUACGACGACCAAAUCCUCAUCCCGGUGCCCGGCGUGGAGGAGGACUACAUCGGACAACAGACUCUGGUAACAGUCGCGGGCAGAAGCUCGUCAACGGGCCGGAUGAAGAGGGCUGGAAGUGCGAAGAAAGCCGGCAAAAAGAGCUACUUCAGCGGGGGAGAACUCGGUCGAAAAUGGGAACAGAAACAAGUCCAGAUAAAGACUUUGGAAGGGGAGUUCUCGGUCACUAUGUGGGCAUCGGAUGACAAGAAAGACAUUGACCACGAAGAGCAAAUCACGGGUGAAAACUCGCCUCCAGAUUAUUCAGAGUACAUGACGGGCAAGAAGCUGCCGCCAGGGGGCAUCCCAGGCAUUGACCUGUCAGACCCCAAACAGCUGGCAGAAUUUGCAAGAAUGAAGCCAAAGAAAGUGAAAGAAGACGACGCACCCCGGACGAUAGCCUGUCCACACAAAGGCUGCACCAAGAUGUUCAGGGACAACUCUGCGAUGCGAAAGCAUCUACACACCCACGGGCCUCGUGUGCAUGUGUGCGCUGAGUGUGGAAAAGCCUUUGUGGAGAGUUCCAAACUGAAAAGGCAUCAACUCGUACAUACAGGAGAGAAACCUUUCCAGUGCACGUUCGAGGGCUGCGGCAAGAGAUUCUCCCUGGACUUUAACUUGCGCACACAUGUGCGUAUUCACACAGGGGACCGCCCGUACGUGUGCCCCUUUGACGGUUGCAACAAGAAAUUUGCUCAGUCCACCAACCUGAAGUCUCACAUUCUCACACACGCCAAAGCGAAGAACAACCAGUGAUUUAAGCAGACCUUGAAAGAGGCCCACAUACACUGGAGGACACACGCUGCCUUUACUGAGACAACUGACGUCCUGACCGCCUGCUAGAGAGAACCAUUUCCCCUUUGUAUCAAUUUUCAACCUAAACCCUUAAAAGAGACUAAUUGGUAACGCUUGCAAAAAUGGGAUCCUCGCAACACUUGAGACCUCCAACUCAACCCGACUCUGGCGCUACCUGAAUUGAACACUUUCUACCGGUCACCUCAUGGUUCUCUGCACAUGAAAUCUUAUUUAUACCUGAAGAGUCAGAUAAAAUGUUUUUAGACAUUUGCAAUGACGCUCAGCAGUGAACUUUUUUCAAUUUUGUACUUCUUUCCGAAGUGUGCAUAUUGUACACUGACAUAAGCGCUGUGGCAAUUGAGAAGAUCCCUGUUGCUCUUCAGUUUUACUUUCCUUUUGUGAGUGUUUGGACGAAGGAUUGGAUUGUUUUCUUUUUGUACAACGCAAUAUUGGUCAUGUAGAUAAAAGUAAUUUUCAAUAGAUAAAAGUAAUUUUCAAUAGUAAUCAAUGAUUAAAAAAAUGUUUUUUCCCCUAAACAAUGUCUUUCUUAAUCCCUCAAGCGACCCUCUUUACUCACUGGGCUUGCACAAUUUAAUGUAGUUCAAAAAUGAAUCCAAUCGCUAAUGAAAACUUUUUAUUAGUUCCAGCAAUCAACAGACAAUACUGCACAGCAGCUUUGUGUUGUGAUUUCACAUCUGCUGUUUCAUUAGCACUGCAAAACAUUUGAUAUUGCUAGCAAUCAAGCCGUUGUGGCAAUCUACAUUUUAUAAAUGGCGGUAUGCUUAAAAUUACUUUGUCCCUUGGACGCAAAAAGUUUCUGCACCGCUUUUCUAAGACGAUGCCAUCUAACACACUUGACUCAUGGAGAACAAUUGUAACAUUUAAAAAUAAAUCUUGUAUUACAUUACAUGUGUAGGAAUUGCUGCUUUGACAGAUCAAAAACUAAUUUCCACUGCAUUUGGCGUAUGGAUGCAAAAAAAAAAACAGCCUGUUUUAACUCUGUUUUCUAUUUAAAUGACAUGCAAUUGUUAGUAAAAAGCCCAUUUAGUAUACAAAAAAAGUAUGUCUAUUGUGUCCAGUGUAGACUGUAAGUACACAUCAUGUCUUGUGUUCAAUAGCAGACAGAUUAGUUUGCACAUCUGGUUGAAAAACCUCUUGGCAAUAAUUGGGUCAGCUGAAAGUGAUCGUGAAGCAGAAAAAGUGCAGUGAAGCUUUAAAAAUCUGUAUAAAAGGUAUUACCUCCACUCUUCUCAAAUAAAACAAUCAAGGGAAGACAAAAACAUCCUCAGACCUGAGAAAAACCAAAAUAAAAUGUGGAUGUUCACACCCUGCUACAACAGUGAAGGUGUUUCGUACCUGCUCUCCAGAAUAGCAGCUGUCUUGAUUAUUUGGAUUUUUUUUUUUUUUUACUCAUAGCAGGAGUGCGGCCAGCAGGGAAGGGUAGUUUGGUGUUCCCCAGCCUGUGACCGGGUCCCACGACGGUGCAGCACAGAAACCUUGACCCUGAACUUGCUCGUCCAAGCAGCUCAGGUGACAACCUUCGGUCACCUGGAAAUGAGAUUGAGAUGUUAGAUUUCGUUCUUAUCACUCACUCAUCUUUUACCUCUAGGGUUUGCAUACGAUACUGAUCUGGGACAUUGUUGCCAAUAAAUCGAUGUUAAGAAUAGUGGUUAAAUAGGGAAGGGUUAAGCCGGGGAAGGCAUGUGUCUAGACUCAGAAAUGUGAAUAUUGUAAAUCUUACAAUAUAAAUAGCAUAAUAGAUCCCCAAUUGAUCCAAGUGUAUGUGUUUUACUUCAGAGAUAAGUAUUGCUGCCUUCAUUUCACAAUGCUGUUUGAACUCUAUUAAAAUAAUACCGUGUUAAACUGCAGAAAAUACAUCAGUAGAAAGGAAAAAUGAUAACAUCAAUGGGCGAUGAACAAAAGUGCUUCCAUUCUUGUCAUAAUAAAAUAGGUACAUUUUAUCCAAAAAGAGAAUGAGGACAGUAAGAAAAUAGAGCCCUGCAACAAAGUGGAGGAUGGGGAGUGUAAUACUUCUAAAAACAGAGUGAUUUAGUGAUAGCGUGUGUGUUUGUCAAUAUCUAGCCGCAAAUCUUCAAUAGUAAGAAUGAAGUCGUGAUAUUUACAUCAUUCUUCUGGUAUCGGCUCAACACACAUGGCUCCCCAACUGAAAGAGGUACUGAGAACAGGCCUUGGUUGAUAACAAUUAUUGCUGGACAAAAUAUUGUCGCACAAAUUAUUACUGAUAAACGAUAUUAUUGUUAGCAUUAUUCUGAGACCAAAUUAAGCACUGGCAAUCAGAAUAUAUAAUGACUAUGAUAAUAAUGCCCAUCCAUCCAUUUUCUACCGCUUAUUCCCUUUCGGGGUCGCGGGCGCUGGCGCAAAUAAUCAUUUCAAACGCAAUAAACUUUUGUUAGUUUUUUUAACCAUUGUAAUUGGAAGGUCAAUAACUUUUGAUUAUCCUAAAUUAGUAAACAAACAUAAAAAUAAGAUGGACUUUCCAAUAUCUGUGAGAAAAAAACUUGACUAUUAAACAUCUUGAGGUGCAGUUUUUUCCCAAGUUGAAAAAACUGGGUCAGUAUUGUUUAUUGUUGUUGUCCUUUUUUGCCAUCACCUUCCAACAAAUUUGGCCAACUGGUUCAUUUGUCCAUGUUAUUAGGCUCAUCUUGCUCAUUCCGUUUCAAGCUGAAAUAUUCCCACAAAGGACGUUUGGCAUUGCAAUCAUAUUUUUUCUGCCUAAUUUUUGUUACUUUGCAGUGCUUCUCACUCGUGAGUCACAACUAGCGAGGAUCUCCGUCUGUGCAUCCUGUGUGUGUAAGCUGGUCGUCAUGCCUCCAUCCACUGAGACAAUUAUUUUGGAUGGCUAAGAAGAGGGUUCAAAGUGUUCAUUUGUUAUUGCUAUUGAACGAACACAAAGUGAACCCCCUUGCACCCUGAUUGGCAGAGACAGACGAUUAAAGAAAACAAACAAUUUAUCAAAGUUA